AAACAAACUACUAUAGCGAUGUGAGCCAUGUGAAGGAUGCCAUCUACCUCCUGCAGUAAUGGUCAGGCAUGAAAAGAAGAAACAACUUCUCCUGGCUAGAUGCGACCAAAUUUGUACUAAGUAAAUCUGAGGGAGCCAUGUGUCAGACUCAAAUCCUACAGAAAAUAUCCGACCUCGGGCUCAAAGAUACAAGGGUUCCAAACAGCGGAGAAAUGGUGAUGAGAGCGUUGCUAGCUAACUCAACUGGUAAAAAUCCAGUGAUCUGCAAAGUGGAGGACAAGAAAUUCGUUAUUAACGACAACCACAAGGCGUCUAUAUUUACCCACGACAACAUCUGUGCGAACAAAAGGCAGCUACCUCAAAGAAAGAAAGCAAAAGCAAUAUCUGACGACUUCGUGGACUCAGAUUCGUUGAUCCAUGCAAAAGAGGAGAAAGUCAGCUACUCUCCUUACUCGUCACAUAGCUUUGACCAUGCCCGCAAGAACAAAAGGAUGCGAACAAAGCCGGCUGUUUCAGUUUCGAGGUCCUCUGUAAAAUCAUCUAUUCUCCUGAAGGAAGCUGUUAACUCCACAGUACAACCCUCCUCGGAAACCAGAGCUGUUGUGCAGGAAAUGCUCAAUGGAAACAGCGACAUCAUGAAAUAUGACGGCAUCGCCAAGAAGUGUCUGAACAUGGAAGAGUUCAUGAACCUGUCCAAGUGCCAGCAGCGUUACCUCGCCUCUUUACUGCCCUCCUCGGACGUCAGAAAAGAACGUAACAAUCUGAAACUGGCACCGACUGCUCUCACCAACUCCUUCUUUGUUUCCUACUUCCGUGAGUGGCAGGACAAACUCGGCAAAGGAGAGUUGUCGGUUGAAUUCGCUGCCAAGAUUAAAGCUGAAGCUGAUAAACAGGUUUCUAGAGACCCUUGGAAGGAAACCUUCUUCGAGGAUGUCUGGGGAUUCUCGCGAACGGAAGAAGUACGGAGCAGCAAGUCAAGGUUGCGGCAGUGGCACGAACCUUUUGAGGACAGCAUCAAAGAAGCUCUGGCUCUAGUUCCCACCACUUUUUUCAUCGCUCCGACUCCAGACCCCUUACAAGAAACUCUAACUCCUCCAACAUCAGACGGCUCAGAACACGACAGGUCACACUCGUUAAACCCCGAUAUUACUGAUAAGGAUCUCCACAUUCUCACCCCAGAUCAUGAAAUCGAUCAGGGUCCCGAAAAGCUCGAGUUAGAAGAAAAGGUCCAUCAGACUCAUUCAGUUGGUGGUUUCGAUUCAGAUGUGCUAGAGGAACCCGAGAGUCCUGAAAAUUCUAUGAUAGAAGCCGGGAUUGGCAUUCUUUUUGAAGAGGAAGCGAGGACACAAACAAAUGAUAAUUUUUGUGGAGAGACUUCUGACCCACCUCAGGAAUCAAAUCAAUCUUUAACACUCGAAAAAGAAGAUUCAAAAGAAGUCCCUUCAGUAAGUGAUAUUGCUACAGCUGAUCCUGAACAUCUUGAUCGUCCUAUAUCAUCUGAAACGAACUCUGAGUUGGUGGAGGCAUCGUUAAAUCUUGAUUUUCGAGAAGAAAUAACCCCUCCAGAAUCACCCAAGAAAGUUCGAAUGGAACAUCAAAAUAGUUCUGAGCAGGGUUCAAGCGUUGGUAAAAUAAAACUGGUUAUCACAAUGGGCGGCCAGAAAGAAACUGUGGAAACUGAAGCUGUGGUUGUGCCACAUAUCAUUAAUCGGAAUGAUACGUAUGUUAAGCCUGAAGUUUCCCAAACUCCUGUUUCACCAAUCAAAGCUUCUUAUAUGAAGCAUGAAGUUUCUGAAACUCCAAUUUCACCUAUCAAAAGUCCGCCUUCUAAAUAUCUUGGAGACUUGGAUCUGGAGUUAGAUCUAGACCAUUCGAUUAUGAGUGAUUAUGGUGUCGAAAAGAAGCGCGAUUCCCUAGGUGAUUUAGAUGAUCCUGAACUGAAUUGCGACUUUAUCAAUGAAAAGUCCUGUGAUAUCAAGAUCGAGAAGCACCCUGAGGAACCGGUUUUUUCGGUCAAACCAUCUGACGAGAUGCCCUUCGAGACAGUGACAAAACUUGCUGUUUCUGACGAUAUCUCUCUUAAUAUUAUGAACGAGAUCAAAGUUGAUUUGAAAAUCCCGGAACCGAAAGCCAAGAAAGUGGAUCCUCCACCAACACCAGCACCACCUGCCCGACAAAACGGUGUAGAUGUUUCCAAUCCUCUGAAUAUUUACAAUUCACCGAGUGCUAGCUCGUCAACCUCCUCCUCCCCUAGAACCGACACGGAGCGAAGAGAAAAACUUACCCUGAGAAUUCCUAAGAAGGACAUCGUUUUACCUCCAGAAAAUGUUCUUCUCUCAAAGAAGCAAAAGUCUAAGAAGCGUAAAUCGAAAAACAAUUAUUACUACGCGGAUCAAGGAGGUCCCAGCAGUCAAAUACCACCAUAUUUAGGUGGCGGGUACAGUCCGGAUUUGUACGGAAUGUACAGCGAAGAGGAAACGGAUCUACGGAGAAUAUCGCUCCAACAGCAACUUCUUGCUGAAAAGGGGAUCAAAACAAGCUCCAUACCUGUCGAGCAAACACAGAACCUGGUGAAAAACAUGAGAGAAAAACAGCAAACCCAAGCUCUUCCAAAACUGACGAAGGCUCCCUUGGAACACCAACCCAUGAUAGUGUUAGACAGUGGUUCUCAAAGGACGCCAGCUCACAAGUCUAUACCUGUUGUCAAGGACCCUAGUUUGAAAUCUGCAAAGCCGUCAAGUUCAUCACGACAACCACCCCCCUACUCUCGGUCCGACAGCAGUGAGAGUAUAAGGAGUGCGCUGAAAGCCAAGAUAAACCAGCGGCGGUACACGGACAUGCCAUCCCCGCCCUCCCAAUACCCAAACCUGAGUAGCGGCAACCACUGCUGCUACGUAGUGAAGGGAAGCCCGGGGGAGUGCGUGUGUUCCACCGCUCCCAUGCUCUUCUGCACUAAGUGCUACCAUCUCUCCCAUUCCACCUGCUCCAAUAUUCUGUGCAGCAAUUGUGGAGCACUUUUCAAGUUCAAUUGAUCAUUCUUUUUGCCGCUACUACUAAGCAACUUGUCUGGUUUUGGACAUGAUGUUGAAGCAGUUACUUCUAUAAACUAUUGGUAAUUUUAAAUAUUGUACAGCAUAGGUUAUAUAAUUGGUGUAUAAGCUGGGGACUCAAACGCCCGACUUUCGAUAUAGGAAGGCAUGUUCCACAAGACUUCUCACAUCGAAUAUUGGGUCCCUUAACUAUUUUGAUGAUGUUAUUUUUGCUCGAGAAAGAUAAGCCCGAAUAGCCCUCGGAGAGUAAUUAGUUAUUACUAACAAGUUAAUUUCUGAUAAUCUUCUUUUCACUGCAGCGAGUCUGGUGAUGAUAUAUAUUUUGUACAUAACAAAUAUGCUUUGAUUGUAGGAUACAUUGGGUGAAGAUCUUUCCCCCCCAGCGUGCCCGCCGAAUUGAUACGAUAUAUAUAUAUUUAUGUUUUGUUUACAAGGGGGUCAGGAGAUUUUUUGACAUGUUUUCAUGAUCAGUCAGUGGAUAUUAUGUUUCCAUUUUUAGAAUUAGACGUGGCUCUUAGCGCAUGCCAGGUCACUGCAUGACAUUACUCGUUUUAGGAGGAAAGCUUAUGAAAUUUUGUGUUUAAAUUUGUUAUGGUUGUUUCCAAAAAAUUACCCUUAUAAUUAAUCAAUUAUCAUGUUAUCAACGUGUUUAGUUCAAGCUCACGUUUGAAUACACAAAUGCUCUUAAAAUUUACAUUGAUUUCUUUUUUUCUUGUAUCAGAAUCUGAUGGUCUUAUAGUAUGGAAAAUCAGGAUCAGAAAUGUUCGCAUUUCAAUAUUUUUACAUGAUGCAUGACACUGUGAUUGUUAUCGUUUCACUGCUGAGUGAAGGCCGAAAUCUAGGGAUAGUCUAUCUUUUUUCUAAAACAAAAAGUAAGUUCUGCCUAAUGUUAUGUGAUUAUUUGGGUCUAAAUUUGGGUUCGCUUGAAUUUGAAAUAUUUAUUGAUUUUCAAAAGUUUAGUUUUUUAAUCUUAUCGAGUUAUCUUAACCGUCCUUUCGGUCUUAGGAUUUUCUUUUAAUCUAGUGUAAUUUCCAUUUAGAUUUACUGACAAAACCAACUUUUAAUUCUAUUCUGUUUGCUGAAGACACCAAGAAAAGGGGGUGAUUAUCACUUAAAGCUGUCAAAUUAAUUACCGAGGAUAAUUUCGAAAUAUAAUUUGGGUAAUUGUACACUGCUCUGUUGAAAUAUAAAUUGUGUUCUCAAGUAUUAGAUCAGCAGUUGGUUUGUCAGAUACUAUUUUUACCAAUUGCAAUGGGUUGCAUGCCAUAAUGACCACUCCUACCUGUUCAUUUGUUCUAUGAGCUAGCCUCCUUUGCCCCAUGCCUAAUUUGUCCCAGCUUUUGAAAAUUUUUGAAAUGCAAAUACCGCUUUACUGAAAAGGACAAUUUAAAAUUUCCCCCAAAUUCUCUAAAUCAUUUCUGGGUCUGAUGCUGAUCUGAACGUACUGAACCAAUUUUUUAUGAUCUCUGUGCUAUUGAUAAAAUGGUAGCGACAGCUUUGAAUUGUUUUCCGGCCGAAGAUAACCUAACGAUGUAUAUUGAUGCCAUUAUAUUAUUAAUUUGAGAUUGAACAUACUCCUAACAAUGAGAAUCAGGGACCAGUUCCGUGUCCUAUAUUUAGACAUUGAUAUUAUGCAAAGAUUCGUUAAGUUCUAUUUUUCUAAUGUUUGAUACGAAUACAUGCUUGCUACACCAAAUUGAUUUAGCUGUAACAGUAUAGUUUAGAGACCAUACUAGAUACAGACUUAUUUGAAAUUUGUGUUGUAAUUUGGAGUAUUUGGUUAUGUCUUCAAAAUCAGAAA